AUGCUGUACGGUCGAGGCCAGGCAUGGCGAACAGCACUGCGAUCCUCCUCCCACCGAGCAUACACCACCACGAGAGCGCCGUGUAGAGCCUGCCAAGCACAACUCACCGCCAGGCCCAUAGCACGCCAGGCACCGCACACGAUACAGCCUUCCUGCCUCCCAUCAUCGAUUACGCUAUCACGAGACUUGUCAUCCUCGCCAGCACGAAGGAAACAGAAGCCGUCCAUCGAUCCGGAAGAUGGAGCCGAGGCGAAGGAGGAAUGCGGCGGCGAGGUGAAGGAGAAGGAGAAGGACAACGACAAGGAGAAGGACAACGACAACGACAGGGACUUCUCGAAGGACAACGACCAAGAUAAUGUAGAGGCCAAGGCCAAAUCGUCCGAGCCAACACCCAUACAUGUACCCGGCGCCGAUGGCAAAGCUGCAAGUGCGGGCGGCCGAGGCAGCGGCGAUGCUGGCAAUGGCAAUCCGUCUGGGAACUUCGGCGACGGUGGCAAUCGCAAGCGCAAAGCCCAAGGGAAGGAUCUCGCAAAGCCACAAGUCCCGGAUGUCUAUCCUCAGGUGCUCGCCAUCCCCAUCGCACAACGACCACUGUUCCCGGGAUUCUACAAGGCCAUCACCGUUCGUGACCCAAAUGUUGUUGCUGCAGUACAGGAGCUGCUGAAGCGAGGACAGAGCUACGUUGGAGCUUUCUUGCUCAAGGACCCAGAGAGCAGCCAAGAUGCCAUCAACGACCCGAGCGAGGUGUACGAUGUGGGCACCUUCUGUCAGAUAACUGGCGCCUUCCCAGCAGGUCACGGAGCAGACAAGGCGCUGCAAACCGUGCUCUAUCCACAUCGAAGGAUAAAGCUGAGCGAGCUCAUCCCACCGAACCGUGGCCCUCCAGCUGCACCCGAGCCCGAGCAGGCAGCACAUGCCACGCUCGAGACUGCCCAUCCUACACCGGCAUCGACGCCUGAAGAGGCGCCCAAGCCUACCGAGGGCGAAGAGAAGAGCGGCGAUGUCGUGGCAAGCUUUGAGGAGAAGGACGUGUCUGCUGAGCAGAAGAAAGAGCAAGAACAGAAGCUACUGCAGCCGACCGACUUCCUCCGAUCUUGGCCUGUCAGCCUGGUCAAAGUGGAUAAUCUGGCAGAUGAGCCAUGCGACAAGCGAUCGCCUACUGUUCGUGCUCUAAUCUCCGAGAUCGUCAACACAUGCAAGGAGAUUGGCAGCUACAACCACCUCUUCCGCGACCAUGUCUCUGCGUUCGCCAUGUCGCAGUCCGCUGCCAACAUCGCCGACGAACCAGCCAAACUUGCCGACUUUGCUGCGGCAGUCUCUGGUGGCGAGAUGGAAGAGGCGCAGAAUGUGCUGGGCGAGUUGAACAUCGAGCGACGUCUGAGCAAGGCGCUUGAGGUCAUCAAGAAAGAGCACAUGAACGCACAACUGAGCAACAAGAUCUCCAAGGAUGUUGAGAGUAAGAUUCAGAAGCGACAACGAGAGUAUUGGCUCAUGGAGCAGAUGAAAGGCAUCCGACGAGAGCUUGGUCUCGAGAGCGACGGCAAGGACAAGCUUGUUGAGAAGUUCAAGGAGAAGGCCACGAAGCUGGCAAUGCCAGAGGCUGUGAAGAAGGUCUUCGAUGAGGAGGUGAACAAGCUGGCACAUCUCGAGCCUGCAGCGAGCGAGUUCAACGUGACCAGGAAUUACCUUGACUGGCUGACACAGAUACCUUGGGGACAAAGGAGCGCGGAGAACUUUGGCAUUCAGCACGCCCGAGAUGUGCUCGAUGAGGAUCAUCAUGGUCUCAAGGAUGUCAAGGAUCGCAUCCUGGAGUUCAUUGCAGUCGGCAAACUUCGCGGCACCGUCGAAGGUAAGAUCCUAUGCAUGGUCGGACCACCUGGUGUCGGAAAGACGAGCAUUGGAAAGUCCAUCGCAAGAGCUUUGAACAGGCAAUACUACCGCUUCAGUGUCGGUGGUCUGGCAGAUGUCGCUGAGAUCAAGGGUCACCGGAGAACAUACGUGGGAGCGCUUCCCGGUCGAAUCAUCCAAGCACUGAAGAAAUGUCAAACCGAGAAUCCUUUGAUCCUCAUCGAUGAAGUGGACAAGAUUGGUCGUGGCCAUCAGGGAGAUCCGUCAAGCGCACUGCUCGAGCUGCUGGACCCCGAACAGAACAACUCUUUCUUGGAUCACUACAUGGAUGUGCCUGUCGAUCUUUCGAAGGUGCUAUUCGUGUGCACUGCCAACAUGACGGACACAAUACCGCGACCGCUUCUCGACAGAAUGGAGAUGAUCGAGCUUUCUGGCUACGUUUCCGACGAGAAGAUGGCCAUCGCCGAACGUUAUCUCGCACCACACGCCAAGGAGCUCAGCGGUUUGAAAGACGUCGCUGUCAACUUGGACAAAGAAGCAAUUCUGGAGCUCAUCAACAAGUACUGCCGAGAGUCAGGUGUGCGAAACCUGAAGAAGCAGAUCGAGAAGGUUUACCGAAAGUCUGCCCUCAAAAUUAUUCAAGAUCUAGGCGAAGAUGCUUUCAGCGAAGAGAAGGCCAUGACUGAUGAAGGCAAAGCCGCUGCCGAGGAGUCCAAGAAGGACGAGUCUGAUGUGAAAGAAACACCGGAAACCAUCGAGCAGGCAACCACCGAGAAGACACGAGUAGCGCUGAAGGUGCCUGAUUCAGUCCACGUUUCGAUUGGCAAGGACAACCUCAAGGACUAUGUUGGACCACCAGUCUUCACUGCUGAUCGGCUCUACGAUGUCACACCUCCUGGUGUGGCAAUGGGUCUGGCAUGGACAUCCAUGGGAGGUGCCGCACUCUACAUCGAGUCAAUCCUCCAAAACGCGCUAUCGUACAACUCACGGCCUGGACUGGAGCGCACUGGUAACUUGAAGACUGUCAUGAAAGAGUCGACGCUGAUCGCAUACUCUUUCGCCAAGGGUCUCAUGGCCAAGCAGUAUCCCGGCAACAAGUUCUUUGAGAAGGCAAACAUACAUUUACACUGUCCCGAGGGCGCUGUGCAAAAGGACGGACCAAGUGCUGGUAUCACGAUGGCGACAUCGUUACUUUCCCUGGCAUUCGAUAAGCCACUCGACCCAACUAUCGCCAUGACUGGUGAACUCACAGUGACUGGAAAGGUCCUCCGAAUAGGUGGCCUGCGAGAAAAGACGGUCGCUGCCAGACGAGCUGGUGCCCGCAUGAUCAUCUUCCCACGAGACUGCAUGAGUGACUGGCUUGAAUUACCUGAGAAUAUCAAAGAAGGCAUCGAAGGCAAACCCGUCGACUGGUACUCCGAUGUCUUCAAGCUCGUCUUCCCAGAAAUUGACGAAUCUCAAGCCAACAGCAUGUGGAAAAGAGAUCUAGCCAAGCCACCGAAGGAGGAGUCAGACAAAGGAAGCAGCGGUAUUCCUGAUGAGUUAUACAGCGGCAAUCUAGCAUCGUAG